CGGUUCUGCUCGGCUCGGCGGCUCGAGUGCUCGGCUCGGCUCGGCUCCGCGGCCGCGGACCGACUGACGGGCGUGCGCUGGGAGCGCGGGACGCGGGGCGCGGGCCUCGGCGGCGGCGGCGGCGGCGGCGGCGGCGGCGGAGGAAGCCUAGUGCCCCCGCCCGCCCUGUCCUCUCGCAGAGGCGGAGGCAGCGCCGCGGGCCGCAGCGGAGCGGGGCGCGGGGGGCGGCGGCGCAGGGAGGCGCGGGGGCGCGGAACGAGCGCGGCCCGCCGGGCGCCGCCGACCCGGCCCAGCGGACUGACCGACGGACUGACGGACGCGGACCGACGCGGCCCCUCCCUGCCGCCGCCGCCCGCCCGCCCGGGGCGCCCACCUCGCCGGCGCCGGGCCCGGGAGCGAUGACAUCGACGGGGAAGGACGGCGGCGGAGCGCAGCACGCGCAGUAUGUGGGGCCCUACCGGCUGGAGAAGACGCUGGGCAAGGGGCAGACAGGCCUUGUGAAGCUAGGGAUUCACUGUGUCACCUGCCAGAAGGUGGCCAUCAAAAUCGUCAACCGGGAGAAGCUCAGCGAGUCUGUGUUGAUGAAGGUGGAGCGGGAGAUCGCCAUCCUGAAGCUCAUCGAACACCCACACGUCCUCAAGCUGCACGAUGUUUAUGAAAACAAAAAAUAUUUAUACCUGGUGCUAGAACACGUGUCUGGUGGGGAGCUGUUUGACUACCUGGUCAAGAAGGGGCGGCUCACCCCCAAAGAGGCCCGGAAGUUCUUCAGGCAGAUCAUCUCAGCGCUGGACUUCUGCCACAGCCACUCUAUAUGCCACAGGGAUCUGAAACCAGAAAACCUUUUGCUGGAUGAGAAGAACAACAUCCGCAUCGCGGACUUCGGCAUGGCAUCCUUGCAAGUGGGGGACAGCCUGCUGGAGACCAGCUGCGGGUCCCCCCACUAUGCCUGCCCCGAGGUGAUCCGGGGGGAGAAGUAUGACGGCCGCAAGGCGGACGUGUGGAGCUGCGGUGUGAUCCUGUUCGCCCUGCUGGUGGGGGCGCUGCCCUUCGACGACGACAACCUGCGGCAGCUGCUGGAGAAGGUGAAGCGGGGCGUGUUCCACAUGCCGCACUUCAUCCCGCCGGACUGCCAGAGCCUGCUACGCGGCAUGAUCGAGGUGGACGCGGCGCGGCGCCUGACGCUAGAGCACAUUCAGAAACACAUAUGGUAUAUAGGGGGCAAGAAUGAGCCUGAACCCGAGCAGCCCGUGCCCCGCAAGGUGCAGAUCCGCUCGCUGCCCAGCCUGGACGACAUUGAUCCCGAUGUGCUGGACAGCAUGCACUCCCUGGGCUGCUUCCGGGACCGCAACAAGCUGCUGCAGGACCUGCUGUCCGAGGAGGAGAACCAGGAGAAGAUGAUCUAUUUCCUCCUCCUGGACCGGAAAGAAAGGUACCCGAGCCAUGAGGACGAGGAUCUGCCCCCCAGGAACGAAAUAGACCCUCCCCGGAAGCGUGUCGACUCCCCGAUGCUGAACCGGCACGGCAAGCGGCGGCCUGAACGCAAGUCCAUGGAGGUGCUGAGCGUGACGGACGGUGGCUCGCCAGUGCCCGCUCGGCGGGCCAUCGAGAUGGCCCAGCACGGCCAGAGGUCGAGAUCCAUCAGUGGCGCGUCCUCAGGCCUGUCCACCAGCCCUCUCAGCAGCCCCCGGGUGACCCCUCACCCCUCUCCAAGGGGCAGUCCCCUCCCCACCCCCAAGGGGACGCCCGUGCACACGCCCAAGGAGAGCCCAGCGGGCACGCCCAACCCCACACCGCCGUCCAGCCCCAGCGUCGGAGGGGUGCCCUGGAGGACACGGCUCAACUCCAUCAAGAACAGCUUCCUGGGGUCGCCCCGCUUCCACCGCCGGAAACUGCAAGUCCCGACGCCAGAGGAGAUGUCCAACCUGACACCGGAGUCCUCCCCAGAGCUGGCCAAGAAGUCCUGGUUCGGGAACUUCAUCAGCCUGGAGAAGGAGGAGCAGAUCUUCGUGGUCCUCAAGGACAAGCCUCUGAGCUCCAUCAAAGCCGAUAUCGUUCACGCCUUCCUGUCGAUCCCCAGCCUCAGUCACAGCGUCAUCUCCCAGACCAGCUUCCGGGCUGAGUACAAGGCCACGGGCGGCCCAGCAGUGUUCCAGAAGCCGGUCAAGUUCCAAGUGGACAUCACGUACACCGAGGGCGGGGCGGCACAGAAGGAGAACGGCGUCUACUCCGUCACAUUCACGCUUCUGUCAGGCCCGAGCCGCCGCUUCAAGAGGGUCGUGGAGACCAUUCAGACCCAGCUGCUGAGCACACACGACCAGCCAUCGGCCCAGCACUUAUCAGACACCACUAACUGUAUGGAAAUGAUGACGGGGAGGCUUUCCAAAUGUGGCAGCCCAUUGAGUAACUUCUUUGACGUAAUUAAACAACUUUUUUCAGACGAGAAGAACGGGCAGGCGGCCCAGGCCCCCAGCACGCCCGCCAAGCGGAGUGCCCACAGCCCACUCGGUGACUCGGCCGCUGGCCCUGGCCCUGGAGGGGAUGCCGAGUACCCAACGGGCAAGGACGUGGCCAAGACGGGGCCACCGGCCGCACAGCGCGAGCAGCCUUAGACACAUAGCCCCUCCCCCAGCACGGCCCUGACAGUGGCCACCAAGGCCACCUCGCCACCCGCCCGCCUCCCGCCCUGUGUGGACCCAGGGCCACGCUCAUCUGUCCAUCUAGACUGUUGCGAAGCCGGGGAGGAAAGGAAAGGGGGCACUAGGGCCACUGCCUGCGGCUGGACCUGCCCGUGCCCGCUCUCUCUUUCUCUCGCUGUCUCUCUCUCUGCCUGUGUCUGACAACGUCACUGUUUCCACUCUGAUACCAGGAAUUAUCCCGAAAAGUUAACAUGUCACCUCCACGAGGCCAUCCUCUGGGCUCCGCGCCGGACACCGGCCGACUGAAGGCAGCUGCUGUGGACCUGCCCUCUGCCCUCCUGCUGCGGCCCGCCCACCCGCCCGCUGGCUCCGCCCACCCGCCCGCAGGCUCCGC